AUGUCCUCCGAUUCUCCAGAGAAAAUGUCGGCGCUGAAAGGCGCCGCUGCGCCAAUUUACUUUGGCUCAUUCCUAGUCACACCACAGGUCUUCUACACAACACCCUUAACCUUUGCCCUCGUCAACCUCAAACCAAUCCUACCAGGCCAUGUCCUCGUCUCACCCCGCCGCGUCGUCCCCCGCGUCUCAGACCUAACCGCCGCCGAAACAAGCGAUCUAUUCCUCACCGUCCGGCGCGUAGGACGAAUGGUCGAAAGGAUACACGGCGCCUCGGCUCUGAAUAUCGCCGUGCAGGACGGCCUGAAUGCAGGACAGAGUGUACCACAUGUCCACUGUCAUAUUAUCCCGCGCAAGGCGGCAGAUCUAGAUCACCGCGGUGGCACGGACGCUAUCUACGACAUGCUGGAUGGGGAAGAAGGCGAUGUGGGCAAGGUAUUCCGUGAGGCUGGGAGUUCUGGUUCAGAGCGCGCGGAGACAAGGACAAAGUUCCCUGUUGUCGAUGAUAAAGAGCGUAAACCGCGUGGACCGGAGGAUAUGAAAGCUGAGGCAGAGAUGCUGGCACGGGAAAUGGAGAAGGAGCCGCUUGAUUGA